GGCACCUGCCCGAGCCCGUCUCGCAGCCACCCCCGGCACCGAGCGGGGCUGGCAGCGCCCUGCGCCCGCCCUGUUCCUCCGGCCGGCGGGAGCGAGCGGCGCCUCGCCCUGGAUCUCAGCAUGGCUGGGGCAGGGGCGCCGGACACCCAGGACCCUGAAGGCGCUGGGACAUGCCCGGAGGAUGUCCCCUCCCUCAAGGAAAUCGAGCUGCUCCUGAACACUGGGCGGCCCUCUUGCAAUCACGUUGAUGAAGUAUGGCCUAAUCUCUUCCUAGGGGACCUGGUAACAGCAAACAAUAGAUUUGUUUUGUGGAAGAUGGGUGUGACCCAUGUUUUAAAUGCUGCCCAUGGCACAUCAUACAGCCACGGAGGCCAGGACUUUUAUGGAGCAACCAUUGAUUAUUAUGGUGUACCAGCCCAUGACCUGCCAAGCUUUGAUAUCAGCCAGUUCUUUUUCUCUGCUGCACAAUUUAUCCACAAUGCCUUGAAUACGCCAGGAGCCAAAAUACUGGUACAUUGUGCAGUUGGAGUAAGCAGAUCAGCUUCUCUAGUCCUAGCAUAUCUCAUGAUAAAUCACCACCUCCCACUAGUUGAAGCCAUCAAGACAGUGAAGGAGCAUCGAUGGAUUUCACCCAACCAUGGUUUUCUGAAGCACCUGCGAAACCUGGAUGUUCAGCUACGGCAAAGGAAGGACUGGAACAAAGGAAGGACUACUGAACAGGCAACCCCAUCUACAUUCACUUGA